AUGCAGGUCCAUACUUCUCAAGUUUCCCCUACGCUAUCAAGGCAGAAACGUCCCACAUAUCCUCUUUCCCUUUGCACCGAUGACCGUGUCGUCUUUGAUGCGGCAUCAUACACGCGCGCCAUACUUGGCCCUCCCGCCUCAUGGUCAGAAGAAUGGCUAUUCAGCGCGCUCACGUCCACCGAGCAAGCAACCGGACGACUAUCUGGUCGUUCUGACUCUGCUAUCACGUCCUAUCUUGAUGAAUGGAAGACAUUGGGGCGGGAUCAAGAGAACCUCUGUCGGGAUUACGCUUGCUGUGGCCUCGGCUUGAAAGACCUACACGCGCUCACGGAACACUUCGAAGAUAUGCACGUCGAAGCCACCGAAUUGCCCGUGGAAUAUCUCGACCCCCAAAUUCCCGAAGCAAUGGUUCAACCGGAGUGUCUCAAUCCAGCUGUCGUUCAACCUCUUUACAAUCGAUCUCUCUUCACUACCCCCGCUCCCGACCUCGCUCCUCAGCCGCCAAUCAAUGCUCAAGCGCACGCGCUGUAA